UACAACAUUCUUCUAGCCAACAUGUUCCUCUUCUCUUAGAGGAGGCCGAGCUCUCUGAACGACCUGGACCGGAGCCUCUCCACCAGCCAGGAGGAGAGGGAGAUGGAGUUUCUACGUCUACAAGUUAUGGAGCAAAAACACAUCAUCGACGACUUGUCCCAGGAGAGAGACAUGUUCCUGAGGUACCGGCGGCAGGAAUCAGUCGUGAGGAAAGGAACCUUCAAAGCCUGCCGGGUCAUCGAGACGUUCUAUGGCUAUGAUGAGGACGUGUCUGUGGAUUCUGAUGGAUCAUCUUUGUCCUUCCACACCGACAGAACUCCUGAAACCGAACCAGAUGAGGUGUGUGUGCGCGAGGAGGCGGAGUUUCGUUACUGUCAGCUGACUCAGGAAUACCAAGCGCUGCAGCGAGCCUACGCCCUGCUGACGGAGACCAGCGGAGGCCACUACGACGCCGAGAAGGAGAUCCAGACCAGAGAGCAGUUGCUGACUGAAAUCAGUCAAUAUCAAACUAGAGUAGCAGACCUGGAGUCUGCACUGAAACAACAAGGACAGGAUGUGAAGUGGGUGGAGGAGAAGCAGGCGUUGUAUCAAAGGAAUCAGCAGCUGGUGGAGAAGGUGAAGCAGGUGGAGGGGGCGGAGCUGCAGCUGGAAGAUGAGAUCCAGGACGUCAGAGAUCAAAACGAACUGCUGGAAUUUCGGAUUUUAGAGCUUGAGGAGAGGGAGCGACGCUCACCUGCCAUCCACUUCCAACAACUCCAUUUCCCAGAAGGCCUCAGUCCCCUACAGAUCUACUGCGAGGCUGAAGGGGUCCCUGACAUCGCGAUCAGUGAGUUGAUGAAGCAGCUGGACAUUCUGGGGGAUAACGCCAAUCUGUCCAAUGAGGAGCAGGUGGUGGUGAUCCAGGCCAGGACGGUUCUAACGCUAGCAGAAAAGUGGUUGGAGUCCAUUGAGGUGACAAAGUCGGCUCUGCAGCAAAAGAUGUUGGACAUUGAAAGUGAGAAGGAUCUGUUCAGGAAACAGAAAGUUUAUCUGGAUGAAGAGUUGGACUACCGGAGGCAGUCGAUGGAGCAGAAUCACAAGAGGAUCCUGGAGCUGGAGGCCAUGCUGUUUGAGGCUCUGCAGCAGGAGGAGGAGUUCAGGAUGGAGGGCCUGAAGGCGGAGCAGCGCCGCCUCUCUGCCACGCUGACGGAGGACGAGAAGGACGGCCUGAAGAGAGCCAUGGACCAAUGGAAACGCUCCGUGAUGUGCGAGCUGAGAGAGAGAGACGCCCAGAUCCUCAGAGAGAGGAUGGAGCUGCUGCACCUCAUACAGCAGGUAUGCUGCUGAGCCACAUGCUGCUGAGCCACAGGCUGCUGAGCCACAGGCUGCUGAGCCACAGGCUGCUGAGCCACAUGCUGCUGAGCCACAGGCUGCUGAGCCACAUGCU